AUGUCAAUUUCAGAAGGACACGAGAUUGCUAAAGAAAUCAGGAAUGGUUGUAAUGGAUGUGAAAAUUUACGUAGUUCUUUGAAAAUAAAAUACCAGUUGCAAAUAACAAGGUCUCUUUCCAGAGAACUUGUUAGAAUCUUAGAUGCAGAUGGUAUUAAAAGGCGUAAAGGUAGAAGAUUAAGAAGAAGACAAUACAUAUCCAAGGGUCCUAACUAUAUUUGGCACUUAGAUGGUUAUGACAAACUAAAGCCCUUUGGCAUAUGUAUACAUGGAUGUGUAGAUGGUUUUUCAAGAAAAAUUAUAUGGAUGUGUGCCAGUAUUACCAAUAAAAGACCAGAAGUUGUAGCUGAUUUCUUCCUGAAAGAAGCUGAUAACAUUAAAGGUUGGCAAUAA